AUGCCCACACCCACAUUUAAACAGAACGCCUGGAUGAAGAACGACGGAUACAAACGGUCCGAUUCGUCUCGCUCUCGAGGUUCAGCUGGUGCUUCAUCAGUUCGUACCGAACGUCGUUCAAGGCGACCGGAUACCUUCACGGACUUGGAAGGUGAAGCGAGUGAAGUGAAAGAUUUGGAUCCGGAAGAGCUAGCGGCGGAAAACGAGCGCAUCGACCGUAACUGGUAUCAGAUGGAUGACGGAUACGACGGAGACAACAAUCCAUUUGCUGAUAUACCGGAAGAAUACGCUGCUAAAAAGGAACGCCAGUUAGCUGAGCGCCGGAAACGAAAUAAGCAUCGGUUGACGGCACGCGCAGUUCAAGUGCACAAGGACAAUCAGGCUUGGGAACACAAUCGUAUGAUCAGAUCUGGAGUAGUACAGCGUCUGGAUUAUGACGAAGACGAGGAUUUCGAUGAAGAGGGCGAGGCCCGAGAUCCGGAUUGCAUAAUGGCUAAAGUAGCUCAAAAGGGGAGUGCCAUGGUCCGUUAUUUCCGAGAGCAAAAGGAACGCAAACGAGCUCAGAAAAAGGAGUGGCAGCUAGCGGGAACACGAAUUGGAGAGGUCAUGGGAAUCAAAGCACCUGAAGAAGCCGAUGACCAAUGGAAUGCUGAUUCUCAUCGCCAAGCCCAGACAUUUGCGGACAAGGUCGGUGACAUGAAAUCUGAAGCAGUCAGUGAAUUUGCCACCCAGAAAACACUUACGGAACAAAGACAGUAUUUGCCCAUUGUUGUAAUUGUUGGUGAGACUGGAAGUGGGAAAACGACACAACUCACUCAAUAUUUACACGAGGAUGGGUAUACAACAUACGGAAUGGUUGGUUGCACCCAGCCCCGUCGUGUUGCGGCUAUGUCUGUAGCGCGCCGUGUGGCUGAUGAGAUGGGCACGCAUCUCGGAGAACAAGUGGGCUACGCUAUUCGUUUCGAGGAUUGCACUUCGUCCUCAACAAUAAUCAAAUACAUGACUGAUGGUAUUUUGCUUCGGGAAUCGUUACGGGAAUCCGACCUUGAUCCGUACUCCGCAAUCAUCAUGGAUGAAGCUCAUGAGCGGUCAUUGAACACAGACGUGUUAUUUGGAUUAUUACGUGAGGUCGUCAGUCGAAGGAACGAUCUCCGCUUACUAAUCACAUCAGCCACCAUGGAUGCCGAACGGUUUGCUCAAUUUUUCGGGGAUUGUCCCAUCUUUCGGAUUCCCGGUCGUACAUUCCCGGUAGACAUUCAGUUCAGCAAAACCACAGUGAUGGACUAUGUGGAUGCUGCAGUGAAGCAAGCUAUUCAAGUACACCUUGGCUCUCCUCCUGAUGGUGAUAUCUUGAUAUUUAUGCCCGGCCAAGAAGAUAUUGAAGUUACUUGUGAAUUGAUCGCAGAACGACUAGGAAAUCUGGAUGAGGCACCCCCGUUGUCUAUACUCCCUAUUUAUUCUCAGCUCCCAAGCGACUUGCAAGCGAAAAUCUUUGUCAAGGCCGAAAACGGUAUUCGAAAGUGUGUCGUGGCCACAAACAUCGCGGAAACAUCACUCACCGUUGAUGGAAUCCGCUACGUGAUCGAUUCGGGCUAUUGUAAACUGAAGGUGUUCAAUCCAAAGAUUGGUAUGGACGCUUUGCAGAUAUUCCCCAUUAGUCAGGCGAACGCUAAUCAACGUGCUGGUCGUGCAGGUCGUACCGGUCCUGGUGUUUGCUAUCGUCUAUACACAAUAAGUCAAUUUCAAGAGGAAAUGUUGAUUACCGCGGUACCGGAAAUUCAGCGUACCAACUUGGCCAAUGUUGUGCUUUUACUGAAAUCAUUGGGCGUUCAAGAUUUGAUGCGUUUUCAUUUCAUGGACGCUCCUCCACAGGCCGGGAAGAAGAAUCUGAUAAUGCCCGUGAGAAGUUUCAAGUUCCCGAAUCGGAUCAUCUCACGNCUCACGCUGUUAAAUGUCUACACGCAGUGGCGAAAAUCAGGCUAUUCUUCCGGUUUCUGUGCACGACAUUUCUUACACCUCAAGGCGAUGCGAAAAGUGCGUGAGGUUCGACAACAGAUGAAGGAAAUUAUGGAGCAACACAAUAUGAACCUGCGGUCCAUCGGAAGUGAUUGGGAUGUUGUUCGUGAAUGCCUGUGCUGUACGUUCUUCCACCAAGCAGCUCGCAUCAAGGGUCUGGGUGAAUACGUCAACUUACGUACUGGUAUGCCCUGUCAUUUACACCCGACUAGCGCAUUGUACGGUAUGGGUUACACACCUGACUACGUAGUUUAUCAUGAAUUGGUCAUGACAACAAAGGAGUAUAUGCAAUGUGUGACCUCGGUGGACGGGAACUGGUUGGCUCGCGUUGGCCCCAUGUUUUACAGCGUCAAAGACCCCAAUCUAACUCGUCUUGAACGUAAAAGGCAAGCAGAGGAGCAGCUGGCAGAUAUGGAACGAGAGAUGCAUAUUGCCGAGGAGCAGUUGACUCGCCGAAGAGAGGAAUUGACUGCUUCAAUGAGCUCUAGUCGCCUGUGA